CUGUCAUUAGACAUCAUGGCGGGCCAUAUCAGUGGGAUGUUCAGACUGUUUGUGCUUACAGAUAUAUUAUUUGUGUCUGCUACCCUGAACACACAUAUGCACAACGUUGCACUGGACAAAGUAUGUAACAUCAGUUCUCGGCAUGUAAAUCUACUCAAUUUACCUUCAGGAAAUUGCUCAGCAGCUAUCAAUGGAAACACAAACACUGUCUUAAAUCUUUCUAUUACUCCGCCAAACUGCAUCCACACUGCGUUAAACGACACGUCACCCUUCUGGUGGGUGGAUCUGGGACAGAAGGUCGCCAUCAGUGUCAUCACGAUCUUCGGACGGACAGGCUUUACAGAAAGAAUGAUCUGCGUUAAUGUUUCUCUUGAUGGAAAAGUCGUCAAACGAUUCAAUGAUACCAGCGGGUGGAGCAACAAUCAGUAUGACAUCUCAGUGGGUCGUAGAGGGCGAGUGGUCAACAUCACCAAGGACUGCAACAAUGACGGGAUCAUGAUCAACAUUUGUGAGGUACAGGUGUGGGUGUGUGACGACGGUUGGUAUGGAGACAACUGUACACAAGUCUGUGGACGCUGCGCUGGUGGCUCUGUCUGUGACAAGAUCAACGGGAGCUGUACAUCCUGUGAUACAGGCUUCCAGUUACCAAUGUGUACAUGCAGGGCAAAUUUACUUUUACUGAAAAUUAAAGAAAAAUUAAUCUCCACACUUCAGGAAAUUAAUUGGAAUUUUACAUCAUGGCGGCUACAGUUAAUAAAAGAUCUAGGAUUCACCUCAACGAAAAGACAAAUUCUCAAAUAAUAGCCAAUAACAUGCUGAGUCGUUUUCACUCACAAAUGUUGGGUUCGAAGAUAAUUGCUCCCUUAUCCUUGUAAUUAGACUUGAACAGUGCAUCGACUCUCGGAGGCAAUACAAAGACCGGGAUGUCUAAUUUGUUGUGUUUAUGAUUUCGUUUGUAAACAUAUCACAGCAACGAUAUGCGUCUGACAAGUAGAAUCCAGUCCCUUGCUCCAGAUAGUUCUAUGGGCACUGUAGCACAUCCUUAGGUCACAGCCUGCUCCAGAGUUUGUCACUGCAGCUUAAUACCGUCUGUGACAAUAAGAUAGGCAGUUACUUAUCCUGUAAAAUCGGAUUAAUGCAAAUACUCGGUUAAGUAUUCUUUAGAGCGUCUGCUCGUUUGUAAUAGACACUAAGCAAAUAUCCAACCACUUUCAUAU